AUGAACUGGUUUCAGAUUCUGACUGCAGAAGGCUGGCAUGACCUGGACAACACUGAGUAUGACUGCUGGCCCAUAGAAGAACCAAGCGAUUACAACAUGAUUAGCUGUGGCGGCUUAGAAAUGGCUUGGGUUCAACGUCCACCAGAAAAAGUCACGGAUGGGGAGGAGUUCAACGUUACCUACUCUGUCACUGCCUCGGAUUCCUUUUAUGAAUACGCCGUUAAAAACAAGAUUUUCCAGUUCAGUGAUGCCUCAGAGGCCAAAAGAUUCUGCCUCGAGCACGAAUGUCCUGCAAACUGGAACAACGCCAAUGAAGACAACUGCUGCGUUUACCACGCCAACAUUCACUCCUGUCCUCUUGUGCUCAUGGUCAGCGGAGGGAUUUGUGGUCCCUGGAUUCCAGAUGAUGGUGAAAUUGUAACCCACACGGUAUCCAAAGCUGGCAAGAUGAGCCAACUGCUCUGGACAUCAAAGGUGGUGCUGGUCCAUUUAGGAGUUACAUCGGUCAUUGCUCAUAUCAAAGUGGGACAGAUGCAUGCAGCACUAGAGUCCAAGGUGUUAGUAGUCAGAGCUCAAGUGUGUGGCGACGACAUCUGUGAGCUGGAGGAGAGCUGUCUGACAUGUCCUGCUGACUGUGGGGUUUGUCCUAUGUCCACAUCCAUCAAAGUGGCCAUUGGGCUUCCUGUGGCCUUGUUCUGCAGUGGUUUCAUCUUGACGCUGGUGUGGCUGCAAUACCAAAAACAGAAAAUGUUUUGGGAUGAGAGCUGGAUCGUCAGCUACAAUAAUAUCAUGUUUGGUAAAGUGUGUUACACAGGUUUUUGUAGCAGCACAAGUCUUCAGACUGUAAAGAGGAACUCCAGUGUGAGUAGAGUCACAGAUGUGACGGUCUGCACUGCAGUCAACACCAAAUUCAAACCACGCUUCAUUCAGGCCGGCAUCUAUGAUGGAAGGACUGUAGCUGUAAAACACAUACAGAAGAAACACUUUACCCUCACUAAAACAAUCAGAAAAGAGGUCAAAGAGGUCAGGGAGCUUGAUCACCCAAACCUUUCCAAGUUCUUAGGAGGCUGCAUUGAAGUUCCUUUCAUAAGCAUUAUCACUGAAUAUUGUCCAAAGGGAAGCCUGGCAGACGUGCUGUUGAACGAGGAUGUCCCCAUCAAUUGGGGUUUUCGAUUGUCUUUUGCUACUGAUAUUGCUCGAGGAAUGGCUUACCUGCAUCAGCACAAAAUGUUCCAUGGCCGUCUUCAUUCACGCAAUUGUGUGAUUGAUGACCGGUGGGUCUGCAAAAUAUCAGAUUACGGGCUGAUGGCCUACAGAAAGGAGGACUUUGAGGACAUGAGCACCAAUUUCCAAUGUCAAAGCGUCUAUCGCAUUUACUGCGCACCUGAAGUUCUGCUGAGAAUCAGCACCAGUUUCACAGUCGCAGCUGAUGUGUACAGCUACUCUAUUAUCUUGGUGGAAAUCGCUACUCGCAGUGACCUCAUUUCAGAACAGGCAGAUUCAGUGAAGCUUGAUGUCAUGUGGCGCCCAUCACUUCCCAAACUGAAUGCUGGGAAAUCAGACAAUGAUUGCCCAGAUCCUGAUGAUUACUGUGAGCUGAUAAAGAGAUGCUGGAACCACAAUGUGACCAUGAGGCCGACGUUUGAGCAGGUGAAAAAGAUUCUCGAUAAAAUGAACCCGCACAAGGUCAGCCCUGUGGAUAUGAUGAUGAACCUGAACAUAUAG